ACUCCGCAUGAGUGAAGGGUGAGCCGAGAGUACAACAACGACCUGAAGGCACCUCUGCAGGGGGAGCCUGGAGAUUGUCUUUCCUGUCGGAGACUCCAAACCAAACAAAUAGAAAAAAAAGAAAAACUAUCCAAGAUGACUGUCACUUACUCCAGUAAAGUAGCAAAUGCGACUUUUUUUGGAUUUCAUAGGUUACUCCUCAAGUGGAGAGGCAGCAUCUACAAACUACUAUACAGGGAAUUUAUUGUUUUUGCUGUACUUUACACAGCAAUAAGUUUUAUGUACAGAUUGUUACUUACAGGAGCCCAAAAACGUUACUUUGAAAAAUUAUCAAUUUACUGUGACAGAUAUGCUGAACAAAUUCCAGUAACCUUUGUGCUUGGGUUUUAUGUUACUCUGGUGGUGAACCGAUGGUGGAACCAGUUUGUGAAUCUGCCCUGGCCAGACAGGCUGAUGUUUCUCAUCUCCAGCAGUGUUCAUGGAAGUGACGAGCACGGCCGCCUGCUCCGGAGGACACUGAUGCGCUACGUCAACCUCACGUCCCUGCUCAUCUUCCGCUCGGUGAGCACGGCUGUGUACAAAAGGUUUCCGACGAUGGACCAUGUGGUUGAAGCAGGUUUUAUGACAGCAGAUGAAAGAAAAUUAUUUGAACACCUCAAAUCUCCUCAUCUGAAAUACUGGGUUCCAUUCAUCUGGUUUGGAAAUCUUGCAGCUAAAGCCCGGAAGGAAGGUAGAAUCAGAGACAGUGUUGAUCUGCAAUCAUUGAUGACUGAAAUGAACCGAUUUCGCUCCUGGUGCAGCCUCUUAUUUGGUUAUGACUGGGUUGGGAUUCCGCUGGUUUACACCCAGGUUGUCACGCUAGCUGUCUACACCUUCUUCUUUGCGUGCCUGAUUGGACGCCAGUUUUUGGAUCCCACCAAAGGCUACUCAGGGCAUGACUUAGAUCUUUACAUUCCAAUCUUUACUCUCCUACAAUUCUUCUUCUAUGCAGGAUGGCUCAAGGUAGCUGAGCAACUUAUCAACCCUUUUGGAGAAGAUGAUGAUGAUUUUGAAACUAACUGGUGCAUUGACAGAAAUCUGCAGGUCUCCCUUUUAGCUGUGGAUGAAAUGCACAUGAGCUUACCCAAAAUGAAGAAGGACAUUUACUGGGACGAUUCUGCUGCUCGACCACCGUAUACACUGGCAGCUGCUGACUACUGCAUACCCUCAUUUCUGGGGUCAACCGUCGAAAUGGGGCUGUCGGGGUCCGACCUGCCUGGCGAGGACUGGCUGUGGGAUUAUGAGAAGCAUGGCCAUCGCCGCUCCAUGAUUGGAAGAGUCAAGAGGUUCCUGAGCACCCACGAACGCGCCUCCAGCCCCAGGAGGAGAAGCUACAGGAGACAGGCCAGCGACAGCUCCACGUUCUUCCCCCCGGGCGACCUCAGCCCAGCCAGGGACCUGCUGCACGUGCCCUCGAGAAGUCCCCACCGUGCCUCAGCCACCUGGAAGCACCCCUGCGCCCCAGAGGGGAGCCCCAAGCUGCACACCAGCCUGGGGGAGCUGCCCACCAUCCGACAGGCCAGCCUGGCGCCACCGUCCAGUGUGAGGGGCUACCCCACCAAAACGCCGCGGGUCCCCGGGGCAGCAGCCGAAGCGGCGGUGCCCAGGGCAGAGGACGACCACCACGACUCCACUGCCUCUAUCCAGAGCUCUGACUUCACUGGGGUUCAGCCGAGCAGGACUGGGCAGCAGGAGGACCCUGUGGGGUCAGUCCCAUUCCCUUCAGAGAAAGGGGCACCUUCUAGGGACCCCAGUUCCCAGACUGUUCCAGCCAAAGCUGAGAGAAACCUCCUCCAGUUUGCCUCCGAGGAGGAUCCUCAUGAGAAUGACAAGUCCCCAGAAAGGUGGGGCCUCCCGAGGUUCGUGGAGCCCAGCCGCACCUCCCUGGUAGACCUAAGUCCGGAUCCCGUGAGCCCUGAGCCAGUUCCUCUACUUGACACAGAAACAUCCUCAGAGACCAGCGGAAUCAACAUUGCGGCUGGUUCUCGAGUCUCUCCUGAUGUGCUGUAUUUAAUGGAAAACCUGGAUACCAAGGAAACGGAUAUCAUAGAGUUUAACCACGAGCAAAUGGAGGAGUCACCCAAAGCAAGGCCAGAAAGUUCUAGGACCUGGUUCUAGCCUAGCUUCUUACUUUCCCAAAAGUUCAAGUAUUAGUUCCAGAACAUACCUGGGGGCUGGUCAAUUUUUUUUUUUAAAUGAUCAUACUGUAUAAGCUACUUAAAACUUUGAAGGGCAUUAUGAUCCUGACUUU